AGAGGAAACUACCUCGAGCUGACCCUCCUCAGGCUCCUUCUCUUCCUUCACUUUCUGAGGAUACAGAGGAGGAAGACAACAAUGAAACUCCACCUGUUGUUGCACCAGAGCCUGAACAGCCAAACUCUACCAAUACAUGCUCUGGAACAAAAUCUUCCACUGCCCUGGAAGCCGCUGCACUGGAAGCCGCUGAAAAAGACAACACUCCCACACCUGAGAUCACCUACAUGAGCACUUCCAGCAGUUCCUGCAGCAGCAACAACUGGCAGCAAGAGACGGUAGAGGAGGACAGCCUAGAGAAACUGAGGAGCAUUGUGAGUGUGGGAGAUCCUAUGAAGAAGUACGUUGAAUGGGAAAAAAUUGCCAGCGGGGCUUUCGGAACGGUCUAUGCAGUGACCGACACUGCCACAGGAGGAGAGGUGGCCAUAAAGCAAGUGUGUCUCCAAAAACAGCUCAAAAAGGAACAAAUUGUCGAUGAGCUCAUUAUCAUGAGGGACAACAACCAUCCAAAUAUUGUUAACUAUUUAGACAGGUAAGUAGUUCGGGUAUGAUCAUGUGACUGUUCCUUCACAGACUGCAAGCCAAAGGUUAAAAGAAGCCCCUUUGGUCUCUGGCAGAGAAGUCAGCUUUUUAGUAUUAUUUUUUAUCUAUUCCUAUACAAGGUAUGGCAGGAGAGUGCAUUUUGUCUGCAUUCAUCUUUUCUGGCAUGCAUUGUUUCAAGUCAUCCCUAUCUUCCUAAAACAACAGCCUGGAAGUUCAUUACUUCCAGGUUGAUUUUGCUGUUUGU